AUGCUGAACCACCGUGGAAGACUUAAUUCAAAUGUCAUCGCUAUCUCAUAUUGGAUGAUCGCUCACAUCAUGAAUAACCCGGGCGUUGGCAGCCAAAUCAGGGAAGAGAUCGCGUCUGUGAUGCAGGCUAUCGACAGUGAGCCCACGAAGAACGGGGCGACUCUAGUAGCAAUGACCAAGGAUCCUCUCCUGAACGGCUGUCCAGUGUUGAACUCGACAUUUAACGAGACACUGCGGUUUACUGGGACCGGGAGCGGUUUCCGCAAAAGCAUGCGAGACACCACACUUGAAGGUCGCCAUAUUCCCAAAGACACUAUCAUGAUCAUCCCACAAAGGGUUCAGAUGAUGAACACUGAGGUUUUGGGAUCGGACGCCCGCGCAUUUGAUUGCCAUCGAUUUUUGCGAAACAAAUCACUGCUCAGGAAGGGCGAAUUUCGCGGGUUUGGCGGGGGCACCACAUUAUGCAGUGGAAGAAUUGCGGGAAGGCAUCAGGUGCUAGCUUUUGUUGCACAGUUAUUUUGGAGAUAUGAUUUGGAAGUAGUUGGCCACGGACAAGAAGUAUUGGGCGUGCGAGGCAAAGCUUUCCCCAGGCUGAACGAGGCCAUGCCAAGUCUAGGCCCAGGCAAGCCCAUAAAUGGAGACGAUAUGAUCCUUAAAGUAACUCCCCGAAAGCUUUAG